AUGUGCUGGGCAGACCUGCUUAUCCUUCUCCCUGCAGCUCCAUACCGACUGGCGGCUUUCCCCUUCGCGCUCUUUCACCACCUCUGUGCUUCGGGACACCUCUCUCUGACUGCCCGGUACAUAUUCCUCCUCGUCGGAGGAUGUCUCCUUGCUGGCACAGCCAUGGGCAGCUAUGCUGUGUUGCUCCUCAUCCCUGCCGCUGGCUCUGUGCUCAUCCUCCUGUCCGUUAGCCCGACUCAUGCCCACACCUGGGCUAAAAAAAUGCCCUGGCAGACACUCUGCCACCUGGGGCUGAGCAGCCAGGAGCUGGACCCACAUGAUACCACGCCAGCCGUCACCCUCUCUGCCAUCAUGCUGCUUACCCAGAAGGCUACAUCUCUGGCCCUGGACAUCCACAAAGGGCUGGUGCUGCUCCGGCUUGGGCAGGGUUUUUUGCAGAGUGCGCUGCCUCUCUGCAGCUACCUACUCUUUUUCCCAGCCCUCCUUGGUGGCCUUCAGCAGGUUUUGGCCCAGGCCGAGUCCCACAGUGCUCUCCCCGGGUUGCUGAGGGCUGCCGGCCAGCAGUGCCUGGGCACCCUGGCCCUGCAGGGGCUGUGGGCAGGGAGUGGCCAAGCCUCCGCCGGGGGCUGCCUCCCCCACAUUGGGGAGCGGGCCCUGCUCCUCAGGCUGGCCUACCAUUUGCACUGGGUGCUGGAUGAGGCCCUCCUGGAGGUGGCUGGCUUCGGCCGGAGGCGGGACCUUUCCAUCUGUGACCUGUGGACGCUGGAGACCACCCACCGCCUGGCCGUCUUCACGUGAACAGGGAACAAGAGUACAUCCCGCUGGCUGAGGAGACUUGUCUUUCAGCGCUGCCCGGCCCAACCCCUCCUAGCCACCUUUGUCUUCUCUGCCUGGUGGCAUGGCCUCCGGCCCGGGCAGGUCUUUGGUUUCCUGUGCUGGGCUGUCAUGGUGGAGGCUGACUACCGUAUCCAUCCCUUCCUGAGCGCCCGGGUCACCUCCCCAGGUGCGAAGCUCCUCUACCGUGGCAUGACCUGGGUCUUCACACAGCUCAUUGUUGCCUACAUCUUGGUGGCUGUGGAGACCGAGAGCUUCUCUAUGCUCUGCCUGCUCUGGACUUCCUGCAACAGCAUCAUUCCCCUCUCCUACAGCCUCACAUUGCUGCUGCUGCUUGCCAAGAAGCCGAAGCAGAACUGAGCCUGCCCUGAACUAGCUUGUGCGUUCUGUGGGGCACAUCCCUGCACACAUGAGCAAACAGGGUGA